AUGUCUGCUCCCGACGCCGCCGUCAACAACAGCAUUGCUGCUGAAAAGGACCUCGCCCCCAACAACGUCGGCCACUCGCGCUACCAGCACCCGACCUACCGAGCCUACGUUGAUGGCCAAAACACGCAGGCCUUUGGCGGUGCUCUGCAAGUCGGAAACUGGCAGCCCUACGAGCACCGCAAGCUGGCCAACCCUGCUCCUCUGGGUCUCUCUGCCUUUGCCCUGACCACCUUUGUGCUGUCCGCCCUAAACAUGCACACUCGUAAUACCUCGGCUCCCAACAUUGUCGUUUCUCUGGCUUUUGGAUACGGCGGUCUUGUCCAGCUUCUUGCUGGCAUGUGGGAAAUGGCCACUGGCAACACUUUUGGUGCUACUGCUCUGUCGUCGUAUGGUGGUUUCUGGAUCUCCUACGCCAUUAUCCUCACCCCCGGUUUCCAUGUGCUAGACGAAUACUCCAAGCCCGAGGUAGCCAACGUUUUGGGCUUCUACCUAUUCGGCUGGUUCAUCUUCACGACCAUCUUGGUCCUCUGCACACUCCGCUCCACUGUCGCACUCUUCCUUUUGUUCCUUACGCUUGAUCUGGCUUUCCUAUUCCUUGCUUGCGAGCAAAUGGCCGCCAACCUGGGCAAUGCCACCGCCGCCGUUGCGCUCCAGAAAACUGGUGGCCUGUUUGGCUUCCUUGCUGCCUUUCUUGCUUGGUACAAUGCCCUGGCUGGUAUUCAGGACAGCUCAAACUCCUUCUUCCAGGUCCCCGUCAUUCACUUUCCCUGGUCCGAACACGCCUAUGAGCUACGCAAGAAGAAGAGUGCCGAGCACGAAGCUUAG